AUGCCUCCUCGCAGAUCCCGCCGGGCCCAGGGCCAGCAUCCCGCCGCCGCCACGAUCGGCUGGCUGGGCGACGACCUGCUGGCCAAGUGCUUCUCCCUGCUUGGACAGGCGGACCUGCUGUCCAGGGCGGCCCUGGUGUGCUGCCGCUGGCACGCGGUCAGCACCAGGCCAGAGCUGCUGCAGAAUGUGGUGUUCCACGCCGGCAGGGAUGGGGCGGCCGCGGUGCGGGCCGCCCAGUCGCUGCUGCGGUUGCUGCAGCAGCACGGCCAGGCGGUACGCAGCCUUGAUCUGGCCCUGGAGGAAUAUGUCGAGCUCAGCGCUGUUGGGGAGAUGGAGGUGCUGUCCCUGCUGGACGGCUGUGUCACCGUCUGUGCCGGCAGCCUGGAGCGCCUGAAGCUGCACCUAAUGACUGGCAGCUACAUGCUUGGGGCCUGGACCGCCACAGCGCACCGCCUGGAAGAGCUGAGGCUCGAGGUGGAGAUCUUCACGGUUUGGGCCACCCUGGAGCACCUCACCUCGCUGCGUCGCCUGCAUCUCUACGCAGAGCGGUGGCAGCUGGGCAGUGCCAUGGCCCUGCCUGCCUCCCUCACCCGCCUCCGCAUCGAAGAACAUAAGGCAGAAGAGAUGCCCGCCCAGGUGGGGCACAAGUAG